AUGUCUAAUUACUCCAACAAGUCGAGCUUCGCACUGGAGGGCCAUGGCUACGGGUCACAGUCUUUCGAGAAACCAGCACCCUCAAAUGGAUCGAAGUGGUCGCCACGCAAUUGGAGCAAGAAGAUCUGGAUCAUCGUUGGAGUCGUAGCAGCAAUGAUCGUUGCAGUGAUCAUCAUCGGCGCUGUCGUUGGCACCCAGAAGAGCGCCUACCCGGACUAUUCGCCACUGUCAUACACAUUGCAAGACACAUACCACGGAUCAUCCUUCUUCGACAAUUUCGACUACUUUACGGGCUAUGAUCCGACUCAUGGCUUUGUGCACUAUGUGCCGGCAGCCACCGCCAUGAGUGCGCAGUACAACCUCACAUAUGCUUCCCAGAGCUCUGCAAUACUACGAGUGGAUACCACGGAUGAGAAUGCGAGUACAGGUCGCUAUAGCGUGCGCAUAUCCUCCAAAAAGCAGUAUGAUCAAGGUCUUUUUAUCUUCGACGUACUCAACUCGCCGUACGGAUGCAGUACGUGGAACGCACUGUGGCUAGCGGAUGAGACGGACUGGCCUCUGAAGGGUGAGAUUGAUGUCAUGGAGGCUGUCAACAAAGCCAACACGGGCGUCCAAACGACCCUCCAUACCAGCAACAAUUGCAAGAUGAACGUCAAGCGAAAGGAGACGGGCAAAGCCCUCACCACGAAUUGCUGUAACGAGACAGAUUCGAAUGCCGGCUGUGGUGUACAAGGACCGGUAGACAGCUACGGCGCCGGCUUUAAUGCAAAUCGCGGCGGUAUCUACGCCAUGGAACUUCGCGACGCCGGCAUCCGUGUGUGGUUCUUCGCGCGAAACAGCAUACCAUCCAAUAUCCCGACUGAUGUCACAAACACUACCGCGCCAGAUCCAAGUGUUUGGCCUGAACCUCUGGCCGACUUCCCAAGCACGCACUGUGAUAUCAGCAGCCACUUCAAGAACCAGAGCAUCAUUGCCAACAUCGAUCUCUGCGGUGACUGGGCCGGGUCGACAAGUGUGUACAGCACUCAGAGUGGCUGCCCCGGGACUUGUUCGAAUUUCGUGGCGACGAAUGCUACUGCGUUUGACACAGCGUACUGGGAGUGGGCCAGUUGGAGGGUGUAUACCGCAUCAUAG